GUCUAGGUGGCGCCUGUCUGUCAGAUCAGCUGAUCACCUUCGCGCAAGGACCAAAACAGCUAACGCUAGCUUAACGUAGCCGGUGGUGAAAACUAUGACAGGAUAUGACCAUUUAAUCGUACAUGACAAGAUCCUGGCUUUGGUGAGGAACUGAGAGGCACCAAUCAGUCUGAAAGCUUUAACUGCAGACUAACUAUGCCUUAUCUCUGAGGAUGGGAGGAAGUGGAUCCAAAGCCAAAGGUGUGUGGCCUUUCUCAGGCAGUGGAGCUGGGAGUGAUUCAUCCAGUGAUGGCAACGAGCAGUCUUUGGCCCGUCUCAAAGGUUCCAGGAAUGCAACGCCGUUUGUUUUUACCAGGAGGAGCUCUUUGUACUAUGACGAGGACGGAGACCUUGCCCAUGAAUUCUAUGAAGAGACGGUGGUGACAAAAAAUGGCAGAAAAAAGUCCAAGUUGAAGAGGAUUCAGAAAAAUCUGAUUCCACAGGGAAUUGUGAAGCUCGACCACCCCUGUAUUCAUGUAGAUUUCCCAAUCGUCCUCUGUGAGGUGUGAAAGAUGCACAGGACUGAUUUAUUAUGAAGUGCAGCCACCGGUGCUCGUUUCGACCGAAAAAUUGUUCCAGUCUCCAAGCGUUGUGGUCAAGAGUGGAACUGUGGUCUGGAGAGCAAAAGGAAAAUUCAAACUGUUAUAUUAAACUGAUAUAUUGAAUGAAAUGUUAUACAUUUGAAUUCAACUAUAGUCAGAGGGUGCCCUGUUCACAAAAAUCCAUAUUUUGAUAUUCAGAAAGUAGUGAUGGUGCAGGUUGUGUUUCCACUACCCAGCUGAGAUGUAAGCAGUCUGAGAGGAUACAUCAGAUGACGUAUUUCUCUUGUGAGUUUUUUGCAGGGAAAAACAUCCUUGAUGCGAAAAGGCUUGAAUUGUUUAUGCCUUCUGUGAGACGUAGUGUGAAACUGUAUGCGUCCUCGUGUGUGUACAUGUGUGCACGUAGGUUUGUUGGGGUGAAUGUGCGUGAGGGGGAUUGAAGAUGCAGUUACAGGGUAGAGUAAUGAAGGACUGUGAAAUUUAUCGUGUAUAUAUGGUCAUUUUCUGUGUUGUUACGUCUGAGUCUGUCUCAGUUACCGAAGCUCAGACCUGCACUAGUGAACAUAAUGUACUGUAAAUAAUUACAGUUUUCUUUAGUUGGAAAUACUUGAAUAAAUGGUUUACUGAGCUGAAUAUCUUGAGUCAAGAAAUUUUCUGGUAAGUUCAUUAUGGCCUCCUAUUACCGCUGUUAUGUCCAAGCAGUAUCUGUGCGGUAUCUGUCCCAUACACAACU